AUGUGGUCCACGGUCGCUUCUUGGGCUGCGCUGAUCGCAGUCGCUGCAGCACUCACAAGACACUACAACCCAGAACUGUUCAACAAACUCACACGACGUACCACGGCAAGAUCUGAGCCUAUCGAAACCUCACAGAGACCCGCCAGCAAGCGGCAGAGAACCAAACGACAUCAGGUCGGGCGUCUUGAGCCUACCGACAGUGGCACCGCUACGCCUUCAAGUGGUCCAGAGGACAAAGCCAAUAAGAGAAGGAAGGUUACAUCUACACCUCUUGAAACUCAUGCAUCGCAACGCGGAGCGGUGGAACCAGCCACGGAGGAGGACAAUGGAAUGAGCAACAAGGAGUUUGCGCGACAGCUUGCCAAGGCUCAGGCCGGCACGAAAUUGGAGCCAGCAAAAGCGCAGGGGCCUAGCAAGAAAGAACGUCGAGCUGCGAGAAAGGCGUCAACGACCAAGCAGAAUGGUGUGCAUUCUAUUCCCACAGAAUCGACGGUUGAAAACGGAGAUGAGACAGAUGACGAUGCCGUGCUGGAGACUGAGCCAUCAUCUUCCUCAGUAUCAAUGGAUGCACCGAAUGAGUUUGGAGAUGUAUCAGACAUGCUGGAGGCACCAACUGCGAAGCCUACGAGCCUACGAUUGACAAAUGUCAAGGACGCUGUGGCAAAGAACGUCACUAAACCAAUUGCUAAGGCAUUUGAGCCAGUGCUGUCAAAGAAGCAACGACAACGCCAAGCCAAGAAAGCCGAGGAGAAGGCUCGCAUGGACGAGUCCAACCGGCUCCAGGAAGCGAAGAAACAGAACCAGUUGAGAACUGCACGCAUGGCAGAGGGCAGUUCCAACCAAACAAAGGCAAAUUCAUUCACUGCUAGACAGAAUGCGUGGCAGCAAGGGAAGCCGUCAUUGUCAACAGAGCCAUCUUACAAAGCCCCUCAGGCCGAAGCGGCACCAUUGCUGGAUACUUUUAACAACUCAAAUGAGCCUGCCACCCACGUCAAUGGCGCAGUCACUUCCGAACCACUGUCGGAUCUCACAAACUCUGUUCCCGAGACAGCCACAGUCAAUACAGUCCGACAAGACGUAGGCCAGAGCAAGACUGCCGCUUUGGGCGCUUCAGGACGCGAGAAGGUGGAACGUCCACGACUUGGAACACAGUCAAGCUGGGCAGAUGAAGUGAACGAAGAAGAGCAAGACAAAUGGGCCACCGACUUGGCAGCUGAAGAGCAGUGGGAAUCUGUCACGUCCAAGAAAGGAAAGAAAAAAGCAACUGAAAAAAGCUCCUCACCCGCGCGACCGGCAGCCACUGUUCACAACUUGACGACCACCGCCAGCAAGGAAAAUGGAGUUCAGUCACGCAAGGAAAAUGCAAAUCGAUUUCAGUCUUUUGGACAAUCUGCAGAAGCAUCUUUCAAAGACGCUGACUGGGAAGCUUAG